AUGGAUUUCGAAGACUUCCUCCGCGAGCCGUUUCCACGGCUGUUGGUAAUUAGCGUAACGCUGGCACUUGCUGGGCUGACUUUCUGGGCCUUCGCAACCUAUCUCCAGGACGGUCUCCUCCCCUUGCGGGAUGAGAACGGCAAGGCGGUCGGAUUUAGCAUGCUCGGGCAACUGUCCUUCGCGGUCCUUUGCUUGGGAACCCCUUUGCUGCAUUGCAUUGCCUUCGGCUGGGCGGGCCUUGUGACGCGAAAGCAACCCGUCGGAUUCUGCUGUGGUUUUCCGGCAUGCUUGGGUGUGCUAGCGCUGACAUGGGCAUCGGCUUUCUUGCUGCCACUGCAGCCGUUGCAGCAGCCCUUUGAAGGUCACCAGCUGACGCCCAUCAGCUUCAGUCUUUGUGAUCAUGCUUCCUGGAACCUCUCCGGGCCGCUUCACUGGCGCGAUGGGGCUCUCACGCGCAGGGGGAAACCCUUGGAGACCAUCAAGCUUCAACUGGACAACUGCGGUGGCAGAGCGCAUGCUGCAGGCUGCCAUCUCUUUCUUCGACCUGUUCUCCGCUGUGACGGGUCAGGAUGUGUCGAGGACGAAAUUUGUGCCUGGGCAGUGGACAUGCAGCCGCCGACGCUGCCGAGCGACUGCGCUGGGGCCUGCGGGAGUGUGGUCACCCUCGAUGACGUGACGAGCUGCGGGGCGGAAUGUGCCAAAGUGGAAACUGCCAUGAAGCCGCACAUGGUCCUGGCUGCCAAGACGUUGGGUUUGCCAUAUCCCAAGCACGCGCCUCUGAUACGGCUUUACACGCCAUCCACGGAGCUAGCUGCAGACAGCAAGGUCUUCGCCUAUGGCCAGCGGAUGUACUGGACGAGCGCGGUGAUGCUCACAUUUCCUUCGGUGAUCGUGGUCAUCACCGUGGCGGGUGCUUUGGCCUUCGAGGUGGACGGAGUCAUGAUGCCAGUGAAGAGCCUUUAG